UUGGAAAUCGGAAAAAUUAACUGGAACUUGUGGAAAUCAACAUAAAUAUGAGUGCCACAAGCCGUAAAGGCCCGGUGUUUGACCCGGGCUUGUGCCGUUGUUGCGGCGCGCUGAAGAAAUGUCGCCUGUUGAACCAUGAAUACGAAUGGCAAGGAAAGAAAGAAGUCUACUCUGAUAUGUUUGUAGAUUGCUUUGGUUUAAUGCUUUCUCACCUAGAUGGCACUGAGCUGGAGCGGCUGAUCUGUGCAACGUGUGUGCUCCGCCUGCGAGACGCCAGUGCGUUUCGUGGGCAGGUGCUGCGCUGUGAGGAGACGCUGUUACAAGCUAGCAUACAUGUGCAUGGAGAUAAUCAAAAUAAUGUGCCUCCAGAAGUGAAACAGGAACCAGAAGUGAAAUUAGAAGAGCGGCCUGAAGAAGUGCCGGAACACAUUGAGACUCCAGAUGAUGAUGUAAUAGAUCCAGACUAUGUGGAUGAUGCAGUUGAUAAUGGAGAUUUAGGAAUCCCAGCGGAGAAGCCAAAAAGGUCUCCGAAGAAGGAAAAGAAGUCAAAAGUGAAGAAGCGAGAGCGGCGCGGCAAGCGAGAGCUGGUUGAGAAGAUGAGGAAGACCGGGGCACGGCUGAGGGAACUGGAGAAUAUCGAAAUUCAACCAGCAGUCGAGAAGAAGCGUGUAAUAGACGCGGAUUACAAGGCGUAUAAAGAUUGUGUGACGUUAGUGGAGAGUUCCUACGUGUGUCCCUUUGACACUUCCUUCAGUGACUACUUCUGCGUCUACUGCCGACAGGUAUUCACGGAUCCCGACAAGCUCCGCGAGCAUACUCUAACCCACGACCCGUCAGCUUACAGAGAGAUCGUGGCGGCUGUCAAGAAACUCCCUCAAAUAGACGUCAACAGAAUAGACUGUCGACUCUGCCCUGUCAAAAUUGACACCCUUGACUCUUUCAAAGAUCAUAUAAAUAACAUUCAUGGAAUAUCUUUCCACCCCAACUCUAGCGAUUUCCUUAUUUAUAAACUAACUUUGACUAAUUUAACUUGUCUAGAAUGUAAUCAAUCUUUUGGAUUUUUCCACGCUUUAAGAAAACACAUGGCGGAGCACUUCGGUACUUGUAUUUGUGAUGUCUGCGGCGCGCAUUAUUUCGAAGAGCGAAUGUUAAUUUUACAUCAAAAGACUCAUCAGAGGAUCGAUGAGAAUUUUCCUUGUAAGGAAUGUGGGAAGAAUUUUAAAUCGAAGCAUAGUAGGUAUUUACAUGAAGCCCGGACGCAUAAGAAAGAACCAGCGUACCAAUGUGUUAAAUGCGAUGCUGUACUGUUCAGUUAUACUUUAAGAUAUCGUCAUAUGAUUGAAGUUCACGGUGAAGAGAGGUUAUUCCCAUGUGAACAUUGCGACAGAGCAUAUGACAGUAGAAAAUCUUUAAGAGAACAUAAUAGGAGAUCUCAUUUAAAAAUAUUUAAACAUCAAUGCGAUUUGUGCGACAAAAGAUUCUACCUACCAUCAAGGCUAAAGGAGCAUAUGGCAACGCACACUGGGGAAAGGAAUUUCCGAUGUGAGUACUGCGGUAAGAGUUAUCCGAGAUUAAGAGGUUUGAAAGUGCAUAUGCAGUCACAUGGGGCGGAAAAGAAGUUUAGGUGCACACUUUGCGGGGCAGCUUUUACGCAGAAUGUGAAUUUGAGGAAUCAUGUUAAGAGGCAACAUCAGAGCUUGGAUUUGGACGAGUUUCAUGAUUAAUUCUGAUGUAAACGAAGUAAAAAAUAUUUUUAUAUACGAAGUCGGUGGAAAACAGGCGUACAAUUUGCCUGAUGGAAAGCGGUCACCGUAACCUAUGGAUGCCUUCAACUCAAAGGGUGUCACAUGAUGUCCUGAUCGCGAGAGUUAAAAGAUACAGGUCUGGUUGGGAUCGAUUAUAUCAGCAGUUCUCGAAAAGUUUGUACAAAAAUUAAGGAAAAAGUUAAAUUCGUUUUU